AUGUUUGCAAUCUAUAGAAAGUCAAACGACUCAAACCAGCCGCCACCGCGGACACCGGAGCGCACAGCGCAAAGCCGGAGUAAAACCCUAGCUAUGGCCGCCGCCGCCGCCGCCGGGGCAGCCCCCCUCGUCACCGUGGCGUUCCUCCUCCCCAUCCGCCUCCUCUCACUCGCCUUCAGCCUCCGCCUCCCCACCUUCCCACCCGUCGCCCCGGCCCGCCGCUCCGCCGCGGCGCUGCUGACCGUCGCGGCGCUCCUCACCGUCACAUGCGCCAUGCCCGACGCGGGAUCCAGCGCCGCCCCCGACGCCGAAGCCCUCCGGUCGGAGAUCAGCGAGCUCAGGCUCAAGCUCGCGCGGUUGGAAUCUAUUUUGGAGGAAAACACAAAAACUUCGAGGAGUAAAGCCUACACUUUGGAGGAGGGAAACAAACCCACCGAGGCAAUGGAAACUGACAACCAGCUUUUAAGGAAUGAAGAAUCUUACUCUGAAAGCAACAUAUAUAUAAUGGAGGAUGAGGCGCAAAUCCUGCAGCAGGAGGUCAGAAAGAUAAACAACAUUGCAUACACCAUAGAAUCACUGGCAAUUGAUGCUGAGAAAAGGGUAGAGUUCCUGAGUUCAGAAGUCAAAAAGAUCGAGAGUAUAAUUACAGAGCAAUGGAUCCAGAUAAGGCAAUUUGAACAAGCAUUUGUGGUAACAAAGAUGAUGACUUCGAAAGUUCAUAAAAGGAGGUUCUCUGAGGGUGCCUACAAGUGGUCUGGAAAGGACAUACUUCUGAAGUAUGUCAGGAAUGUUGAUCUACAUGGCAUGUUUCUUGCGGGGGUAUCGCACACAAGGACCUGUGUUUCUCAUACUUACAAACACUGCAAGAGUUUCAUACAAGUAAUGAAGAGAUGCUACCAUAAGGCUUCCAAGUUCCACAAAGCGAUACAGUACCAGUGCUCUCCUGAUGUUGAUGUGCCUAAUGCCUUCUUCUUGGGUGGAUCCAUCUCAAGAUCGUGCAUUUCUCUUCCUUAUAAGCAAUUCAAGAUAUCCAUUUCAUCAGCACAACAAAUUCACUAUAAGGUCCAAGUGUAUCUCCAAGAUGCAAUGAGAUCCAACAUAUACAGCAGAGGUAUAGCAAGUGAGCCGGUCACAUUCUGCUUGGCGUAUCUCGUCGUCAUAUCUCCGUUGUGGGCCGUGUGGUUCCUUUUCUCAUCGCGAUUUGGAUCAUCGAUAUGA